CAGGAUCAUCAUGAUUUGAUUCUUGUUCGAUGCUUUCUACUCCUACGGCAUUACACGAGACAAGAUCGUCUAGAGUGCAAAGAAGUUUCAGCAUUCUUUCAUUUGUCUCUGUCAUGAACAAGAGGGGAAGGGAAAGCUUUGGAAGGAAAGAAAACAAGAUUAUGGCCAUUGUUUGUCUUCUGGCAUUACAUGUAUGUAUUGUCUUAAAAAAGGACGGGCGGCACCUCGGAGAUAUCUGAGGUCCAAUAAAGUGGGAGCACAUGAACACGUCCCUUUUCUGGGAUACGAAGGGUAUAUCCUUUGUUCUCCGACUCGAACAAGGAAGUGGCUAUAUAUUCUAGGAUACACAUUAUUUCCUUCCUUUCUAUCCUUGGAAGACAAUUUGUGUAAGUCACAAAGUGCUCUAUCAAGACCUCUGUUGUUUAUCUACAUUUUUCUCUGCAAAAAAUACAAAAAUGACAGAGAUGGCCGUAUCCCCACUUCUGCAAGUAGUUUUUGACAGACUAGCUUCUCCAGUCCUUGGAAAGCUUCGUGAACUCUGCAAUCUUAAGCAUAACUUAAAGAAGCUGCAGCAGUCAUUACCUAUGAUUCAAGCCAUUCUUGAAGAUGCAGAAGAGCGACAAGUGACGGAUAAAGCUGUGAAAGCUUGGCUGUCGAAGCUCAAAGAUGUGGCUUAUGAUGCGGAUGACUUGUUGGAUGAGCUUGCUGCAGAAAUCACUCUAUGUGAGAGUCGCUGCAGCAUUGGGGAUCAGGUACGCAGCUUGCUUUUACCUUUUGAACCAUCCAGGCGUCUUUUUCGCAUUGCUUCUGAUCUUGAAAACAUGCUUAAGGUGUUAGAUAAGAAAAUAAGUGAGGGCCUAAAAUUCAAUUUGAAAGAAAAAGCUUGCAAUAUGCAGCGUGAGACUCCAGCUAAAAAUAGAGACACAGGGUCCUUUGUAAAUAAAUCAGAAGUUUAUGGGAGAGGGAAGGAUAAGGAGAAGAUUUUAGAACUUUUAUCACUAUCUUCCCAAGGGCAAAAUGUAGGGGAUGUUACAAUUAUUCCUAUAGUUGGUAUAGGUGGCAUUGGAAAGACAACCCUUGCUCAGUUUGUCUACAAUGAUGAUAAGUUGAUAGGUAGUUUUGAUUUGAAAUUAUGGGUUUAUGUGUCUGAUGAUUUCAAUGUUAAAAGGAUUAUUAGAGCUAUUGUAGAGUCAGCAACCAGGAGAAGAUGCAAAUUCUUAGAGAUGGAUAUUCUACAAUCUGAGCUGCAGGAAUCAUUAUGUGGGAAAAGGUUCUUGCUUGUUUUGGAUGAUGUGUGGAUGGAAGAUCCAUGUGAGUGGGAGAGGCUUGGAAAUUUGUUGAGAGGUGGUGUGGGUGGAGGCAAGAUAAUCGUGACGACCCGUAGUGACAAAGUUGCAUCAAUAGUUGGGACAAUCCCGCCAUAUCAUCUCACAGGCUUGCCCGAGGAUGCUUGCUGGGCUUUGUUCAAGGACCGAGCUUUACCAUGGGAAGAUGAAGAAAAGUAUCCUAAAUUGGUGCCAAUUGGAAAACAAAUCCUCAAGAAAUGUGGAGGAGUGCCAAUAGCCGUAACAACUUUAGGAUCCCUGAUGCGCCUCAAAAGAGAGGAGAAGGACUGGUUGGAUGUGCAAAAGCAUGAACUUUUUGACAUGAAUGAAUGCCAAAGCCAAAUUCUGCCUGCUUUAAGAUUGAGUUACAGCCAUUUGCCAGCACAUCUUAAACGUUGCUUUGCAUACUGUUCACUGUUUCCAAAAAACUAUGAAAUCCAUAAGGAAAAAUUAAUCCUUUUAUGGAUGGCAGAAGGCCUGAUUUUAGGACAGGAAGGGAACAGACAGCUAGAGGACAUUGGAAAUUAUUAUUUUGAUGAGUUACUGUGGCGGUCCUUCUUUCAGGAAGUUAAAAUUGGUGAAGAUGGCAACACGACAGUGUACAAAAUGCAUGAUCUCAUUCAUGAUCUUGCAAAAUAUGUUGGAGGAAAUGAGUUUGUGAAGCUGGAGCAAGGUCAUACAUCAGUUAAUCUUGCACGAGCUCGUCAUGCAUCAAUAAUUCACAACCAUGAGUCUUCAAUGAUUCCACAAGCCUUGUUGAAUGCAAAACGUCUACGAACCCUGCUUUUGAUGUCCCUUACGGUUUGCUCCGGAGAACUUUCUUUUUCACCCACUAAAUUUAUGUAUUUACGAGUGCUAAACUUAAGUGGGUGUGGCAUAAAAACACUGCAGGAAUCAAUUUGUGAAUUGGUGUGUUUGAGAUAUCUUGACCUCUCCAACACAUCGGUUCAAAUGCUUCCCGAAACCAUAUGUGAACUCUUUAAUUUGCAGACACUUGACUUAUCAGGUUGCUACCACCUUGCCAAGCUCCCCAGCAGGAUGGACAAGUUGAUCAAUUUGAGACACCUUAUUUUAAUAGGGUGUGAAUCACUGACAUGCAUGCCAGCUGGAAUUGGAAAGUUAAUUCAUCUUCAGACAUGGCCUGUAUUCAUUGUUGGCACAGGGAUUGGAGAAAGCAUUACAGAACUUAGAUCUCUCAACCUCCGGGGUGAGUUAAACAUCAAAUGCUUGGAGAACGUCAGAGACCCAGAAGAGGCGAAGACUGCAAAUUUGAUAGCAAAAAACUACAUUCAGGUGUUGCGGUUGUGGUGGGAAGAUAAUGACGGAGGCAUGAAGAUCCAAUCAGCGAAGGCAACACCUUCACGUUGCAUGAGUACUGGAAGGAAUUUUCAAUCAUCGGGAUUAUGGCAUGGAAAUCAUGGUGGUGAUGCUCAAUCAGUAGAUGUGGAAGAAAUUUUGAAAUGCCUUGAACCACACCCAAAUCUUGGUAGGCUUUUCAUCAGAGGGUAUCCAGGAAUCACAUUUCCUCAAUGGGUGCUUCCAAAUCUUGCUGUGGUUGUGUUGAUCAACUGCAAAAGGUGUGAAAACUUGCCAACCCUUGGGCACCUUCCUUACCUGAAAUUACUCUAUUUGCAAGGCAUGGACAAUGUUGAGUGUAUUUCCAUAGAAUUCUAUAGCAUUGACGUCCAGAGGCCGUUCCCAGCUUUGACAGAAUUAACUCUCAGAAACUUUCCGAAGUUGAAAGAAUGGUCUAACAGUGAUGGCAGAGAAGCAUUUCCGUGCCUGGAAAAGCUAAUUGUUAGCAAAUGCCCAAAGCUGAGUACAGCACCAUUGUUUCCAUCAUUGCAACAUUUAGAGUUGCAUGAUUGCCAUCCAUUGCUGAUUACCACCAUGGAAAAUCUCUCCUUGCUUUCUGUUCUUGUGGUUGACACUAUCCCUGGAUUGACCGUUCUACCAGGAAAGUUGCUGCAAAACAAUAGUUUUCUAGCCUCUCUGAAGAUUAGCUCAUGUGGAAGUCUCUAUUGUCUGCCUUCAGAACUAGAAAAGCUUACAGCUCUCAAGUCAUUAACAAUAUGCUCGUGUGAGGAGCUAUCAACUUUGCCAGAAGGAUUGCAUAACCUUAAAUCUCUGGAGUCCUUGGAGAUCAGUGAAUGCCACAAUAUUAUCUCUUUGUCGGAUGCUGGUGUUGGCAGUUUAAGCAACCUUAAAAUCUUAUCCGUUGAGAACUGUACUAAUCUUACUUCUUUAUCAGCUGGACUGCUGAAUCUCAUUGCUCUUGAGCAGCUCACUAUUGUAGAUUGCCCAAAUUUGGCUUCUUUGCCUAACGAAUGGAAAAAUCUUUCAGCUCUCAGGAGUUUGAGCAUUUUAUGUUGUCCUAAGUUGGAUUCUCUACCAGAUGGGCUGCAAUAUGUCUCAACAUUGCAAACUUUGGAAAUUCGUAGCUGUCAUGGUCUGAAAGAUUUGCCAGGGUGGGUGGAUAAACUUUCUUCAUUAAGAUCACUGGCAAUUUCAGAUUGCAAAAAUUUGACUUCCUUGCCAGAUGGACUGAAACAUCUUAGUAAACUCCAGCACCUGUCCAUUCAAGAUUGUCCUAAUCUGGAGAGCUGGUGCAAGCAGGAGAAAGGUAGAAAGGGCUGGCAUAAAGUGUCUCACAUUCCUCAUGUCUACAUCGGGUCACCAGAGUUCCAGAAAUAGUUCAGACUGGAAAUAUAUUCAGCAGGUGCUAUAGGACAUGGAUAUAGAGGUAGAUAAACUUCUUGGAAAUGAACAGCCUAUACAGCUGUGAACAAGUCCAGAGGAAAAUUAUUAGCUCAUCUUCAAUAGCUGCAGCCAAUCCUGAAAGGGUACAAUGGACCAUCAAAUGCUAAUGUCUCUGUGGCUUUGAAUAUGAAUUUGGAGUUCAAUUUGCUGUCCUUGUUACACCUCCAUUUCAUAACUCACCUUGCAUUAGUUUUGAAUAUUGAAUUUGUACUUUCCAUCCAGAGUUCCACUUCUAGGGCUUAUUUUGUGUCAAACAAUCUGAAUAUUGGUGUUUUUUCACAGUUACCAGUGUUUUACUGUUUUCUGUUAAGGAGGGUAUGAAAAUACCAUGAAUGGAAAGGAAGAAAUGAACUAUUGAAGUACUUGAUGAAUAAAAUCAGAAAUUUAUUUUUUCUUUACAGCUUCUA